AUGGCGUCGUCGAUAAAUCAACGUGUAAUAGAUCCAGAAAUAUGGCAAGCUUGUGCAGGAAUUUUGAUUGAGAUACCAAAAGUGGAUUCUUUGGUUUACUACUUUCCGCAAGGACAUAUUGAACAUGCUUCUUCAAUCGUUACUGUUUCAUCUUCUUCAAUUCGUUCUGUGCUUUGUCGUGUUGCGAAUGUUUGGUUACUCGCUGAUCCUGAUACUGAACAAGCCUAUGCCAAGUUUCUUCUUGAACCUUGGAAUAAUAGUAAAAUGAGUAAUUCUGGUUCAAACCUAAUUAAAGUCGAUCAGAAGAGUAUCGAGAAUGUUCUUUCGUUUAGCAAUGUUUUUAAACCUCCAUAUACGGCACUUAAUUUUUAUACUAUUAUCAAUGAUUGUGCGAAUCGCAUUUUUCCACGGAUAGAUUCUAGUCAAAAGAUCCGGAUGACUGAUAUUCAUGGUGAAAAUUGGGAAUUCAUGCUAGUUCCGGGAGUGCGUAAGAGCAUGAUGUUUACUACUAAUUGGCCUGAAUUUGUUAGAAUAAAGAAGUUAAAAGCAGGAGAUACUAUUGUUUUGAUGCUGAAAGAAUCAACCAAUGAGCAUUUUAUUGGAAUUCGUAGGGCUGUAAAUUGGAGUACUAAAGCAGGGAGGAAUUCGGCUAAUGAAGUAGAAAAUGCGAUUGAGAAAGCAGCGAAUAAGGAGAGUUUUGAGGCUGUAUAUUAUCCUACACUGGGAUUGCCAGAGUUUGUUGUGGCCGCGGAAAAAGUUGAGGCUGCUCGGGAUAUUGGAUGGAGACGUGAAAUAAAGGUAAAGAUUGGUAAUGAGUCCGGAGGUGAGCCAAGAAAGUAUUGGUAUCACGGAAAAGUUUUGGAUGUCAAUCAUGAUAAUGAGUCUUGGCCGGAUUCUUUGUGGCGGAUGCUUCAGGUUGAAUGGAAUGUAAGACCUGAAGUUCUUGCGAAGAUGCGGAUCAUGCAGAAGAACAUGAGUCCCUGGGAACUGGAAGUGGAGCCUAGUGAUGAGCCUGAUGUGCCAAAUAUGUAUAUAAUGAAUAGCGACACAGACACUACUUGUAGUACUUUUAAAGAUCAUGAAAAUGUGGAGAGGCGGGACAUCAUAUCAGGCGAUGUGGAAGCUAUGAACCUGCAGGCUAGUGAUGAGCCUGUAGAGCCAAAGACGAAUAUAAUGAAUAGCGACACAGACACUACUUGUAGUGCUUCUAAAGAUCAUGUAAAUGUGGAAAGGCAGGACAGCAUAUCAGACGAUGUGGAAGCUGAGAACCUGCAGGCUAGUGAUGAGCCUGCGAAGCCAAAGACGACUAUAGUGGAUGGUGACACUGACACUACUUAUUGUUCUUUUGAAGAUCUAGAAAUUAUGGAGAGGCAGGACAACACAUCAGACGAUAUGGAAACUGAGAACCUGCAGGUUAGGGAUGACCCUGUAGAGACAAAGACGAUUAUAAUGGAUGGUGACACCGACACUACUUAUAGUUCUUUUGAAGAUCUUGGAAAUGUGGAGAGGCAGGACAUCACAUCAGACGAUAUGGAAGCUGUGAACUUGCAGGAUAGGGAUGAGCCUGUAGAGCCAAAGACAACUAUAACUAAAAUGGAUGGUGACACCGACACUACUUAUAGUUCUUUUGAAGAUCUUGGAAAUGUGGAGAGGCAGGACAUCACAUCAGACGAUAUGGAAGCUGUGAACUUGCAGGAUAGGGAUGAUCCUGUAGAGCCAAAGACAACUAUAACUAAAAUGGAUGGUGACACCGACACUACUUAUAGUUCUUUUGAAGAUCUUGAAAAUGCGGAGAGGCAGGACAAAAAAUUAGACGAUAUGGAAGCUGCAAACCUGCAGGCUAGUGAUGCGCCUGCAGUGCCAAUGACAACUAUAAUGAAUGAAAACACCGACACUACUUGUAGUUCUUUUGAAAAACAUGAUAAUGUGGAGAGUCAGGACAACACAUCAGACGAUACGGAAGCUGUGAACAUGCAGGUCAGUGACGAGUCUUCUGUGCCGAAGAUGCCUAUAAUGUAUAACACCACCGACACUACUUGUAAUUCUUCUGAUGAUCAUGAUAAUGUGGACAGGCAGGACAACAUAUCAGACGAUAUUCUGAACCUGCCUAGAAGUUAUGAGCCUGCAGUUCCAAACACGACUACAAUGAAUAACAACGCUACUUCGACUUGUCUUUCUGCGAAUGAAGAUGAUAAUGCAGACACUGACAGUACAUUAGACACUAUGGAAGCUUCUGAUUAUUGUAGAUGCGUAUGUGCACCACGUAACGCAGCGUGCAUUGUUAUGUAG